AUGCAACGCGGAACAUCUCCCUUUACACCCGAGUUCGACGAUCUCGUCAACACCCUCCUAGCCGAAUGGCACGUUCCAGGCACCUCAAUCGCCAUCCUCGACGGCCCGGAUACCUUCACCAAGGGCUACGGCAUAUCCAAAUACCCCGACACCCCCGCAACCCCCCAAACCCUUUACUACACAGCCAGCACCACCAAAUCCUUCACAGCAGCAGCCCUAUCCCUCCUCAUCGACGACAACACUAACACCACCAACCCCCUAACCUGGACAACCACCCUCACAACCCUAAUCCCCUCCGACUUCAUCCUCCCAAACACCCACGCCACAGAAACCAUCACUCUCGAAGACGCCCUCUCCCACAGAACCGGCCUCCCAGAACACUCCUACCAUUUCUGCCCCGAUAAUUCACUGUCCCCGAAAGACGAGGUAAGGAGACUCCGCCAUUUGCCCAUGACAGCCGCGAUACGGGAGAAAUACAUGUAUAACAGUUUCAUGUACACGGCUGUUUCGCAUGCGAUUGAGACUCUUACUGGGAUUGAGUUGGGGGUCUUUCUGAGAGAGGAGAUUUGGGGACCGUUAGGCAUGGAUGCGACGUUUUGGAAGCUGAGUGAUGUGCCGGAUGGGGGGUUGGAUGGGGAGGUGAUGGCUGGGGGGUAUGUUUGGGAUGAUUCUUCUUCUUCUCCUUCUUCUGGUUCUACUUCUGGUUCUACUUCCACUUCGUCUGGGUUCGUCGAGAUAGACUACCCCGAGUAUACGGAGUUAUCAGGGGCCGGAUGCAUGAUCAGCAAUGUAGAGGAUUAUGCGAAGUGGAUUCGAUGCAUGAUGUAUCAGAACGAACCACUCAGCAAGAAGGGACAUGCAGCGCUUACAGAGCCCCGAAUUGCAUCAAUGUCCGGGGCCACGAAUCCAUUCCCCGGACCACAUUUAUACGCGCUUGGGUGGCGGGUGGAUUACUACCGGGGGGAGAAGAUCGUGUGGCACACGGGGAGUAUUAGGGGAUUUGGGUCCGUGAUGAUGUAUCUCCCUGACCGGGAAUGGGGACUGGUUAUCAUGGGGAAUUCGACGAUGACGAGUAACCAAAUGCAGCAAGUUUUGUAUAUGGAUUUGUUGGAUGGGUUGUUGGGGACGCCGGUGCGGGAGCGGGUGGAUUGGGGAGCGGUUAUUAGGGAGAAGAAAAGCAGGCGGCAGGAGGAGUUGGCGUGUGCGAGGGAGCGCCUUUAUCCGGAGUUGCCUGGUCCGGUUUUGAGGCCGGCGUUGGAGGUCAGGGAGUAUGUUGGGAGUUAUUGGCAUCCUGGGUAUGGGGGUAUGGAUUUGGGGCUUGAUGGGGAGGGGACAGGGCUGGUUGCUGAUCGCCGGAGUCAGGAGUUUAGUAUGUUGAUUGCGUUGGAGCAUGUUAGUGGGGAGUUGUGGUUGGCCAGGUUGCAGGAGAUGUAUAAGGAUCCUCGAGAUUAUGAGGUUGUUCGUGCGGAGUUUAGACUGGGUUCGGACGGGGUCAGAGAAGUUGGUGUCGAUCUGGAGCCGACGAUGGAUGGGAAGUUGAUCUGGUUUCGGAGGGAAAGAGCAGAAUGUAAGUCAUCUUGGCUAUUGUAA